AUGAAGGAGUUUGGACAGAUCAUAAGAGGGAUCAGAGUCAUCACAGUGGACUGGCAGCUGGAGAGGAACGGUGCUGCCCACCAUACCCAGGAGUACCCCUGCCCCGAGCUGGUAGUUCGCAGGGGCCAGUCGUUCACGCUCAUUCUGGAGCUGAGCAGGGCCCUGGACGACGAGGACGCCCUCAUCUUCACGGUGGAGACGGGACCCCAGGCGUCUGAGGAGCUCCACACCAAAGCUGAGUUCCAGACAUCUGGGCCAGAGGACGACGAUACCUGGACAGCCGUGGAGGAGGCUCGGACAGAGAACAUCCUGACCAUCAGCCUCACCAGCCCUCCCGAUGCUGUCAUCGGCCGUUACCUGCUGAGUACAAGGGUCUCCUCUCGCCGCAAACACAGCAACCGCAAACUGGGGGAGUUUGUUCUCCUUUUCAACCCCUGGUGUCCAGAGGACGAUGUGUUUCUGGCCUCAGAGGAGGAGAGACAAGAGUACGUCCUCAACGACAAUGGCAUCAUCUUCCGAGGCGUGGAGAAGCACAUCCAAGCCCAGGGCUGGAACUACGGGCAGUUUGAAGAGAACAUCCUGAACAUCUGCCUCUCCAUCCUGGACCGAAGCCCCAGUCACCAAGACAACCCAGCCACCGAUGUGUCCCACCGCCAUGACCCUGUCUACAUCACCAGGAUCGUCAGUGCCAUGGUGAACAGCAACAAUGACCGGGGAGUGGUCCAAGGCCAGUGGCAGGGCAAAUAUGGCGGCGGCACCAGUCCAUUGCACUGGCGUGGCAGUGUGGCCAUUCUGCAGAAGUGGUUCAAGGGCAGAUAUAGGCCAGUCAAAUACGGCCAGUGCUGGGUCUUCGCUGGAGUCAUGUGCACAGUCCUUAGGUGUUUGGGGAUCGCCACACGGGUUGUGUCCAACUUCAACUCAGCCCAUGACACAGAUCAGAACCUGAGUGUGGACAAAUAUGUGGACUCCUUCGGGCGGACCCUGGAGGAUCUGACGGAAGACAGCAUGUGGAAUUUCCACGUCUGGAAUGAGAGCUGGUUUGCCCGACGGGACCUGGGCCCCUCUUACAAUGGCUGGCAGGUUCUGGAUGCCACCCCCCAGGAGGAGAGUGAAGGUGUGUUCCGGUGUGGCCCAGCCUCAGUAAUCGCCAUCCGUGAGGGUGAUGUGCACCUGGCCCAUGAUGGCCCCUUCGUGUUUGCGGAGGUCAAUGCAGACUACAUCACCUGGCUGUGGCACGAGGACGAGAGCCGUGAACGUGUGUACUCAGACACGAAGAAGGUCGGGAGAUGCAUCAGCACCAAGGCGGUGGGCAGUGACUCCCGAGUGGACAUCACAAGCCUCUACAAGUAUCCAGAAGGGUCCCGAAACGAGAGGCAGGUAUACAGAAAGGCGGUGAAGAAGCUGUUCAGCGUGGAAGCCUGUGGGAGGAGAACCCGGGUCCGCAGGGCAGGGGGACGUGGUCUCUGGCGUGAUGACCUCCUGGAGCCUGCCACCAAGCCCAGCAUCAGUGGCAAGUUCAAAGUGCUGGAGCCACCCGUGCUGGGCCAGGAUCUGAGACUGGCCUUGUGCCUGGUCAACCUCACCUCCAGGGCCCAGCGUGUCCAAGUUAACCUGAGUGGUGCCACCAUCCUCUACACCCGCAAGCCAGUGGCAGAGAUCCUGCAUGAAUCCCACACAGUAAGGCUGGGGCCACAAGAAGAGAAGAAGAUCCCAAUUUCCAUACCCUACUCCAAGUAUAAAGAAGACCUGACAGAAGACAAGAAGAUCCUGUUGGCUGCCAUGUGCCAUGUUACAAAGGGAGACAAGCUCCUAGUAGAGAAAGACAUUAGUCUGGAGGACAUCAUCACCAUCCAGGUCCUGGGUCCAGCCAUGGUGGGAGUGGCAGUUGUGGUGGAAGUCACAGUGGUCAACCCCCUCUCAGAGAAAGCAGAGGACUGUGUGCUGAUGGUGGAGGGCAGCGGCCUUCUCCAGGGACAGCUCAACAUUGAUGUGCCCAGCCUGGAGCCCCAGGAGAGGGCCUCAGUCAAGUUUGAUAUCACCCCCUCCAAGAGUGGCCCAAGGCAGCUACAGGUGGACCUCGUCAGCCCCCACUUCCCAGACAUCAAGGGUUUCGUGAUUGUCCAUGUGGUCCCCGCCAAGUGAUGGGUCAGGAGGGACAGAAGGGGAGGAUUUGGUCCCAUUCUCCUCCUAUCCACCUCUUUAUCAAUUCCACAUGGGGGCCAGGAGCCUGGGUUAGUCCUGCUCCAACCU